CACCUGGCGACCUGGUCAAUGGGAGUGGACCUGCGCAGGUGGUCAAAACUUUAAAUCCAGUCCUUCUUUCCAGACCAGAUACGACCCGCCUUUAGACAGAUGUUUCUAAGAUACACGGAUUGUUCCUCGGUCAAGUCCCAACUAAGCAGCUCCCCUUCACUAUCAUAGUACGUAUACACCGCACCGGCCCUGACUCAGGUCCUACCGCAUCUACCCACCCAUCCCCAACGACCCGCCAAGCCACCACGCCCGUCCCCAAUGCGAACACUUCCAGUCGCUGGACGGCUCACACCCCCCGAUACGGCACAGCCCGUCCCAAAACGAACCGCCCGGCACCCAAGUGGCCACACACCACCAGCACCCGCGACCAACCCUCGCAGCCUCGACGCGCAGCUGCCACGCCCUCCUGCACCCACCACCACACGGGACAAUGGGCCCGGCCACGCCAUCGUAGCUGCAGCAUCGCGCAGGCAAACGCACACGCAGCGCACCCGCACCCAGCGCACGCCAGAUCCUUCGCGCCUGCGCGAGCACACGCCCGGCCCACACCCAACCAGACCGGCACGACACGGCACUGUCUUGCACCGCCGAUCCAGAAUUCUCACCAGCGGGCCCGCCGAUGCAGCAGCAGCCCGACCGAGCCUCGGGUCCGCCAGCCCCCCAACGGGCGCAACGCGCAAUACACAGGUCUUGCACGGCACUCGCGCCAAGCCGCUCUUCUCGCCCUGCGAAAAGCAAUGCGCGAUCGCGCACGCCCGCCAAGCACGCCCGCGAUCCCAGACUUGUUUAAACCGGGGUAUUCGGGGCGCUGCGAGGGGGGGAGUGCAUUACAGUGGUCUUGCAGGUCGCCGUUGCGUGUCUCAUCUCGGUGCUACAUAUGCACUUUGGGGUCCGCGGAACGCACAGGGACCCUGGCGGUGCGGCGGGCUGGCGGGGCGCGAAACCCAAUCUGCGCUGGCGAUAACCGAGAUCGCUGGGGUGUGGCGCCGGAGGGGGGAAUGCGGGGUGAUGUCAUGACUUGGAUCGCGCACGGGGGAUAAGGAUGUUUGUAGAAAAAAAUGGGAUUGUUUGUUUAUUGUGUGUGUAUAGAGGUAUGUGUAUGCGUGAUCAUGUCGUGGGUCGCGUUGUCGUUGGGCCGCGUGGCCUGCACUG